AGUAUAUAUUUGACGUAUUAAAAGAUCAACAGCAUAAUGAAAAAUAACUAUACACUUUGCAUAUUGAUAAUACCAUUAUUAUUAUCAAGUUUUGCAAUAGCUGAUGAAAUGCAGUUUGUUAACGAUUUGAAAAAAAGUCUUAAAGAGGGAUUACCUAAUGUUGACUUUUUUUCGGAAGGAGAAAGUUAUUGUGACUCUAUAUUUUUUACAUGCAAUGAUGAAAAAAAAAUUACAGCUAUUGAAUUGAAAGAUAUUAACUCAUGUAUAACACUCCCAUCUUCAAUAUCUACUCUGACUAAUUUGACAGAAUUGCGUAUCUAUAAUAGUAAAAUUGAAAUAUUCUGGAGUGAUAUCAUUGGUUUAAAUAAUUUAAAAAUAAUAGAAGUUGUAUCGGAUAUAUAUAAUAAUAUUAUAAAAUUAGAUGGUCUAAAUUUGAUCCGUCUAAACAUUUCUUAUACUAAUGUAACGCAGAAUCUGAAUGACGUUCCAUUUAGUAAAACCCUAAAGUAUAUUAAUCUAUCACAUAAUGGUUUUUAUGGUGAUAUUAAGAUAUUUAAUAACCUUCCAGAUUUAGAAGUGUUAGAUCUGUCAUAUAACAAGUUAGCCAUUGAUAUGCCACAACUUUAUCUAAGCACUAACUUAUCAGUUUUAGAUCUUUCAUCUAAUAAUUUGACUGGCAAUAUUCCAGACUUUAUUAGCAAUACUGAAUUAAAGAUUUUAAAUCUUUCAAAAAAUAAUCUAUCUGGUGUUGUUCCAUAUUUUAGUAAUAGUUAUGAUCUAGUAGAAUUAGAUCUUUCAUCUAAUAAUUUGACUGGUAAUAUUCCAGGCUUUAUUAGUAAUAAAUUAAAGGUGUUAAAUCUUUCAAAAAAUAAUCUAUCUGGUAAUAUUCCAUAUUUUAGUAAUUAUGAUCUAGUAGAAUUUGAUCUUUCAUCUAAUAAUUUGACUGGUAAUAUUCCAAACUUUGUUAGUAAUAAAUUAAAGGUGUUAAAUCUUUCAAAAAAUAAUCUAUCUGGUGUUGUUCCAUAUUUUAGUAAUAGUUAUGAUCUAGCAGAAUUAGAUCUUUCAUCUAAUAAUUUGACUGGUAAUAUUCCAAACUUUAUUAUCAACACUGAAUUAAAGAUUUUAAAUCUUUCAAAAAAUAAUCUAUCUGGUGUUGUUCCAUAUUUUAGUAAUAGUUAUGAUCUAGUAGAAUUUGAUCUUUCAUCUAAUAAUUUGACUGGUAAUAUUCCAAACUUUAUUAGCAAUACUGAAUUAAAGAUUUUAAAUCUUUCAAAAAAUAAUCUAUCUGGUAAUAUUCCUGAUUUUAGUAAUAGUUAUGAUCUAGUAGAAUUAGAUCUUUCAUCUAAUAAUUUGACUGGUAAUAUUCCAAACUUUGUUAGUAAUAAAUUAAAGGUGUUAAAUCUUUCAAAAAAUAAUCUAUCGUGUGUUGUUCCAUAUUUUAGUAAUAGUUAUAAUCUAGUAGAAUUAGAUCUUUCAUCUAAUAAUUUGACUGGUAAUAUUCCAAACUUUAUUAUCAACACUGAAUUAAAGAUUUUAAAUCUUUCAAAAAAUAUUCUAUUGGGUGUUAUUCCUGAUUUUAGUAAUAGUUAUAAUCUAGCAGAAUUAGAUCUUUCAUCUAAUAAUUUGACUGGCAAUGUUCCAAACUUUAUUAGCAAUACUGAAUUAAAGAUUUUAAAUCUUUCAAAAAAUAAUCUAUUGGGUGUUAUUCCUGAUUUUAGUAAUAGUUAUAAUCUAGCAGAAUUAGAUCUUUCAUCUAAUAAUUUGACUGGUAAUAUUCCAAACUUUGUUAGUAAUAAAUUAAAGGUGUUAAAUCUUUCAAAAAAUAAUCUAUUGGGUGUUAUUCCUGAUUUUAGUAAAAAUUCUAACCUAAAGAUACUAGAUGUUUCAUAUAAUAAUCUAUCAGGUAAUCUUCCAAGUUUUACUAAUAACAAAAAAUUGUCUUUUUUAUAUCUGCAUAACAAUACAGGUUUUGCUUACAACUGUCCUAAUGGUAGCUAUCUGAUUAAUCCGAGGUGGAAUAAAGAACUAAUACUUUGUGAUUUGGGUACAAUCAUAGCCUCUGAAAACUGUGAGCUUCAUAAUGUGGUUUCGUAUGAGUGCAAAGCUACUGUUGUUACAUCAAAUGCAAAGUCUAUAUACUACAUUAACAUAGUUCAAGUAUCAAUUUUACUACUUUUGUUGUUUAGCUAAUCUAAUGUUAUUAGUUAAAAUAAUAUAUGUAAAAGAUAUAAUGAUUCACAGGUAGCUGAUUAAUAAACAUAUUAUUAAUAACAUAGAAACACUUUAAUAUCACUAUUUAAAUAAAAAAUAUAUGUAAAUUAUGAGAAAAA